AUGGAUAACCAGAAAGUCAUUUAUACCGAACUGAAACUGAUAAAGGACUCAAAAAGACAGCAAACAAAAUCCAAGAGCCCUAAAGAAUUAAUUUCCCUAACGGGGCAGGAAAUAACCUAUGCAGAAUUAACCCUUCAAAAUGUUUCUCAGGAACGUCAAAGGAAUGAUAAACAUUGCCACUGCAAAGGUUUAAUUUCUCCUCCAGAGAAGCUCCUUGCUUUAAUCCUGCUAAUCGCCUGUCUUGCCCUGAUAUCGGCAGUGGUUUCAGUGAUCGCUGUUAUUCCUUAUCAUUAUGACUGUUGUCCAAAGGAGUGGGUUUCAUAUUCCAACCAUUGCUAUUACUUUAGUUACAAAAAGGAAUCAUUCAACGAGAGUAGAUCAGCCUGUGUCUUUAAGAAUUCCAGCCUGCUGUAUAUAGAUAAUGAAGAAGAAAUGACAUUUCUACAGUCCUUGUCACUGGUAACAUGGAUUGGAGUCUCUUGGGAAAGCAGUCACCAUCCAUGGAUGUCAAUAAAUGGCUCAGAGUUCAAAGGACAAAUAGACCACAGGUCACGUGAUGAAGCGAACUGUGCUGCAUUCGAAUCUCUACUGAGAACAGAUGACUGCAGAAGCAAAAAGAUGUAUAUUUGCAAGCACAAAUUGGCACAACAAAGCAGCUGAAUUGGAGUCUGCUUGGUAACUUUAAACCCUUUCAAAUGAAAAUAAUAUUAUUACUGCCUAAGUUUAAAACUGGAUAUUGUACUUACUCUAAUGAAGACUUUUUUCCCCUAAAAAUCAUUAUUGAAGUAUAAUAUGCACACUCAUAUAAACAGUAUCCAUUAUUCUUAUCUUUCUAUAAUUUGUAAUCUAUGUGUUUGGUUUUCUUUACUUUUCUCUAAUGUCACCCAUAUUUUGACAGAAAUCUUAGAGAAAAAUUGAUGCUUCACAGUCAUAUUUGUAAUGACAUUCUUAAAUUUCAACUUCCGUUAGUAAGUUGUACUGUUGAGAACAAAUACACAAUUGAAGGUCACAAAGUGACAUUUAUCACAUUACUGACUUAUUUAUAUAAUUUCAAACACAUAUUCUUCUGAUAUUUUUGUAAAAACAUCAAUUUUUAAAUUUUUUAUUUAAG